AUACCUAAAUAUUUGUACUUGAAUCCAACAAAUUACAUCAAUAUUUAAUUUUUUAACACAUAAAAUAAAUAAUAAAUUACUUUUUAUCAAUUAAAUUCACUAAGAUAAGAUCAUUUUAUUUGAAGAUCCGUAUAUCGAUCAUGCCGGUCAUACUGGUGGUGUCAUGCCAGUUUUAUGACCAGUACAGGUUGAACCAGUGGCACGCCGGCCGGCGUGACAACCAUGGGCGAAACUUAUUUAAGUUUAUUCAUUAAUUGUUGGUGGACUUAAGACUCAAUAAGAAUUAUGUUUGAAUACUUUUAAGAUGGAUUUUCCCCUUGUAUUUUGGAAUGAUCUUUAUGUUACUUCUAUGCAUUUACUAUUUGACUAGAGCACUUCUACUAUACUAUAUAGCAUUGGUGCUUUAAUGUACAACUCAAAGUUGUACCAUAACAUAAAAUGUAUAAGUUUAGGUUGUACCAUAAAUCAAUUUGUACCAUUAUGUUAUGGUACAACUUUACAACUUGAAGUUGUACCAUCACAUAAAGGUACAAGUUCAAGUUGUACCAUAAAAGAAUUUGCACAAAAAGUAUAGGUACAAUUUAUAGUUGUACCAUAACAUAAAUGUACAAUUUUAAGUUGUACCAUAAAGGCAAAAACCUGUAACACCAAUACUAUAUAUCAUUGUAAAAUUUCUCAUUUGACUAAUAUCAAUAGUAUUUGGGUAAAAGUAGUGGCCUAUCGGUCUAGGCCCUAGGGUGUCACAGGCUUAUACCCAGGGGCGGACCUAGGCACAAGGGAGGUGUGUCAUCUGACACACCUCCGCCCGAAAAUUUUGUGAAAGACCCCUAAUUCGUCGGUACUAAAAUUUUGAUCUCGGGAUUUCCGACACACCUCUGAUCAUUGUCUCCGACACAACUCCAUUGUGUUUAUGGAAAUUUAUUGUCAUAAGUUAUCAAAAUAUAUAAAUAUAAGUUCAGGCUAGCGUACGUCCGACCACCGUACGCCAAUUGGGUUUUGCUAUUUAGAUAAAUAAUUAACCGGACUUUGGGGCAUGAUCUUAUAUCCUAACCUCUAAUGGGUGAACCCCAAUCCCUAAUUUUCUAACCCAAACUGCAAAAUUUGGUCAAUCUUAAAAUGAAACUCAACAAUAAUUUCGACGAAUCAGAAUCAUUGAUUUUCAUUUUUCAAGAUUAAAUGAAUCUUAUGUUAGGUUAGUGAAUUGGGGAUUGCGGUUCACACAUUGGAGGUUAGAGUAUAAUAUCAUUGUUUAUAAAUGAUUGUUAAGUACUUAAGUUGUGUAUAUUGAAAAGCAUUUGCUUUGCAGCAUAAGUGAUGAAUGUAUUUUAGAGACAUUUCAGCAGAUGAAAAGUCGUCGUGAUUCGUUGUAAAAUGACAUUGUGAACUUCAUAAAUUAAUUUCUUUUAAUUUCUACUUAAUUUUUUUAUUUAAUUAUUAUUUUAUGUUAGUGGCGACACACCUCUCCAACAAUCCUAGGUCCGCCACUGCUUAUACCCUUUUGAUUGGGUUGGGGUCUAAAAACCCGACCGGCUUGACUCAUUGCCAUCGCCGUGCUUCACUUCAAUUCUUCCUACGCUGCUGCUGAGACUUGAGAGCCACAGAGAAUCGCUUCUGUUCGCGAGAGCUCAAGCUUCACUACUGAAUUUAAAUGGAAUUUUCGGACACGGCUCCUUCCGGCGCCGCUUCUUGCACUUCCGCCGCCAACUGGACCGUCGCCGGUGGCUCUCUCAAGAACUCCGUCACGUUCGAGUCCCCUCUUUCUUUCAUUGACGACCAGGACUGCGACAGCGGUGACAAUUGCGGUCAGGAACCGGUCGACUAUUCAAAUUCAAAAUCGGAGUCUCCUCUCAUCCUCUACCCUCCUUCUCCUGAUUCCUUUUCCUGCGAGAUCACACUGACCUUCCCGCAGAAGCAAGAGGUGAGGCAGGUCUAUGUUAGAAGCACAGCCCGAGUCUUUGAAAUAUAUUGUGCCCCUGAAUCGGAGAGCAGUGCCGAGUAUCUGUGUACUGUUCGUUGUUGUGUUGCUGUUAGGGAUGAAGAAGUGCUUCGUGCAACUAAUAUAGAAGAAGCUGUACUGGUUCAUCAAAUGGGCUCUAGUAAUGAUUUAGCUAAAGGAAAAUUUAGAAAUGGUGCUAGCCCAACUGGCAGUGAAGAUGACUGGGUUGAUGUCAAGGCUCUUCGUAAUUCUCUGCCCUCUAAGGAAAAUGGUUCCAUGUCAUCAAAUUCGGACACAGAUGCAGGGUGCAGCUCACAGGAUCUAUAUGAAGCUACUGCAGAGAUUAGUGACACGGAUCCUUGCAAGUCACUUACGAUCAGACUUCUGUCACUUCAGAACAAAGGUUGUGUAUGCAUUGAUCAAGUCUACGUGUUUGCUUUUCCCAUUGAUGCAGCUACCCAGGAAACUCAACCCAUUUCAGCAGAAAGUUCUUCUGGAAGCUCGCUCAUGGCUAUGCUUAUUCCAACCUUUUUUCAAUUGUCUAGAACUCAUGGCGUUGGCCGGGAACAAGAAAAGCUCAACAUUGACAGAAGUGAACAACAAGUAUCUGUUGAAACGUGUCUAACGAUUACUGAUGCAAUGGGGACAAGAAACGUAAGUGAGGAACUGGGUCCUUAUGAUACUCAGUCUCGAGAAGAACACAAGUCUGGGGAAGUGAGCCCAGUAAUACCCGAUUCAGUUAGUACAGAAGAUAAAGUACAACAUGAAGAAAAAGAUCUUCCAUCUUUUCAAGAAGGAAUCAAGUUGCCAGAUGCAGUCCAUAGUCAGAUCCCCGCUAGUUCUUUUGAAACAGAAUACAGAGCCAGGUCAUCACAAAAUUGCACGGGGAGUGUUCUUGAUCACCUUGUAUCUCGGGUCAACAGAAUAGAAGAUUUGAUAUUGAGGUUUGAGGGAAGUAUUCUCGAACCCAUAAACAGUAUUGAUAAGAGGCUCCAGCGAGUAGAGCAGCAGCUUGAAGUGAUUGCAAAGAAAAGCCAUAACCCUGGUACUAGAAUCUCAGCUCCUGAAUUUGCAUGCGGUGAAGCAGAAGCCAACUCGUUAUAUAACAGUGGAAGUUUAGAUCUCAGUUGUAUGGCUUGUGAGGAUACCAAGAAGGACCCAGCCUCAGCUGCAUCAUCUAUCCCUCCUGAAGAAGAUGUCAAUCUGGUACAGCCCAGUCUGGUAGUCAGUACCCCUAAGUUUGAUAUUGCCGAGGAGGAACAAAAUCUUGCAAUAGAACCAGUUCCAGAACCUCUCAAGUCUGAGCAGAAACAUUCUGUAUCAAUUGAUGAUGCUUUGGCUUCAGCAUUUGCUGGCUUCUUGUCUUCCACUUUAUCACAAUGCCAGGACAAGUAUUCUCAAACUCUUGCCACAAGAGCUCCCGACUUUCUCAAUGAAGAUGAAGACGAAAAUGACGAUGAUACGACCUCUUCACCAAAAAUACAGUCAGAAACUCCAAUGGAUCCUCUAAAUAAUGAUGAGAUUCCAGGUCUCUUAAAGUUGCAUCCAGAAAUGACCACAGGCCUUUCAGCUCCUGUCAACGAAACUUGUGGGGCAGAUGGCUUUACAGCUUCAUUUUUAUCUAUGCCCUGUAAUAAGAAUGUGAUUGGAUCACUAGAUGCUGAAGGCUUCCCGUACAUGGAAAGAACACCUAUUGGGCAGUGGCAAGAUGGGGAAGGGUGUGAAGGUGAUACACAGUUAGUUGAACUACAGCAGGAAGAGGCUGAAGAUCCAACAAGCAAUGCUGCUAUUGUCCAGCCAACUGAGAUGCUAGAAGAGGCAUCCAAAGAACAGACUAACCACAGCGAUCCAUCUCAAGUUGCUGCAUUGCGUAAAGUAUCUGGUUUCACACCAGAUAACGAACAAGACUCGAACCAAGAUGCACUGGAGAUCAUUCAUUUCUCGCGUACCUCGUCUUCAGUAGUUGAUUAUGGGAAGCCCAUACUGGAGGUGAAAUUUGCAAGUGGAGAGGGAUUGAAUGGAGGGUCUCCUCUGCAAUCACUUUUGUCUGGGUUUGGUGAUGUGGACAUUGAAGUUCCUUCAACUCGAGAAACAGACGAGGACCUAUCUGGACUUGUUGACAAUCAUGGCGACUUGAUUCCGGCAGAAGAUUGGGAAGCGGCCGGCUCUACAAUGGAGAGCUGCAUUUCCUUGGAUAUGAACUAUUACAGCCUCGAAGACGAACACACGAACAUUGAAGCAGCUGAGAACCAGGACGAUUGUGAGCCCUGUUACAAUCAGGAUGGGUCUGCAACAAGCCUCAUAUAGAUAAAUAGCCAUUGCGGGAUUGCAUCAGGUCAGAUGAUGUUAAAGCGGUAAAUGCUAGCUUAGUUUUAGCUUUGAGGCAUAUACCAUUAUGCAUUAUCCUCACCUCUUUUUUGUGGAAAGUUCUGUUCAUGAUUGGCACAAGCUUCUCCUUUCUUCCGGCUGUAAAAUGCCGCUUAUGAAAUAACUAGGGUGUCAGCCUGUCAGGCGUAGCCAGAAUUUCGUUCUGGGUCUAUUUAUGGAAACAUAGUUUUUGUCAACUUUUAUUAAAUUACUCAUGAUCUACACCUCUACACCAAAUAUAUAAUAGAGAAAUUGGAAAUGUUCUCCAUUUCAAAAUUCGAAUAAAAGUAAGAAUGAUAGAUUUGUCUUUAUAGUAAUUUAUUAUUUAUGAUUUACAUGAAAAAAAUACAUCAGUAAUAGAAUCAGUAAUAGAAUUUGAACCGUGUUUUAUUCAAACAUAAGAAAGAAACAUAACUAUCUAUACUAAAAAAAUAUGUUAGAAUUUUUUAAAUUAAAAACAUACAUGAAGCUAAAAUUUGAAAAAUCAUAGGACUUACCCACCAUGAUUGGCUAACCUACUAACUCUAUUGUAAAUAUUAUUUGGUAUUGUAUUUUUGUAUUUUGAUUAUUCUAAUCAAACUUUAAUAAUUAAAUUUUUUUAUCUUAUAAAAAGAUGAUAAUUUAAAAAUUGUAACUGAAAUGUCAUUGGUUCAAAUAUUACGUAUCGAAUUUCGGUACUGAACGUGCAGAAGCGAUGUAGAAUUCUUAACAUGAACUUAAUUUUUAUAACUACCAUAAAGCAAGAUAUUUUUAACACAUAAAUUUUGAAUGAAUAUAGGCACAUGUGUCUUUAAGAUAGGGUAAAUAUGAAAAGGUUUAGUGAUGUUGGUUUGUUGAAUGCGGAUGGAAAAUGCCCUACUAAUGUAAACGGGCUCAAAUAGUGCCCGAACCACUAAAUGCUGAACAUCAUCGUCUCUCCGAACUUCCUAUCGAACUCAACAACCGGCUAACCUUCCACCUCUAUUGUUACGCCAUAGCAAUUUUCGUAGUGAUAAAUAUGGAAAGGUUGAGUGUUGUUGGUUUGCUGAACGCGGAUGGAAAAUGCGCUACAAAUGUAAACGAGCCCAAAUAGUGCCCCAUCCCACUAAACGUUCAACCAUCGCGCCUACUUUCGCUACAGCUAAUACAAUAGUGAAAUGGGAAAUGUAUUUCUCCCAGGCCCCAUUACAAACUCUCUGAAUCCAGAGCGAAAGUAAGAAUGAUAGAUUCAUCUGUACAAUCAUUUAUUAUUUUUUUGUUUACAGGAAAAAAAUACAUCAGUAAUAGGACUGUGGUGUCUUUAAACAAGGAAACAUAACCAGUUACACUAAACAAAUUUGUUUCAUCUUUUAAUUUUUAAAUUAAGAACAUACAAGAAGCUAAAAUAUGAAAAAUCUCAGGACUUUUCCACCAGGGUUAGCUAACCCACUAACUCUCCCGUAAAUAAUUUUUUGGUUUUGAUAUUUCUAUAUACAUAUUUUGAUUAUUUUAAUUCUAGUUUAAUAAUUAAUUCAAUUUUGAUUAUCUUAUAAAGGGAGGUUAAUUUAAAAUCACUACCCUAAUGUCAAAAUGACAUACACUUGAUAUAUUUUGGGAAAAAAUUGAGGUAUAUAUUACCAUUGUAUACCAUGAUGGUACUACUUGGUAGUAUACAAGAUUUGAUGCAAUAUCGAUUAGCACGAUAUUUAAUUCUCGUGGUCCAAAAAUAAAGAUUCGAAUUGAAAUAUAUAAGGAUGAAUUGUAAACAUUGUUGAUAAAUAAAUGGAUGUUCACGUU